AGAUUAAGAAUUCUCAGAAUUCUCAAAACUAGGUACUAAACUUGGCGGUUAUUCCGUUAACAUUCUGUACCCUGUGAUUGUUCUGCGCUAACAGUUAAAACUUAUGCAACAAACGUAUUGUCGCGAGCAUAUGAGCUAAUGGAUAACAUUAAUUAAUUUAUAAAAUAAAAUAAAAGUUUUACGUAAAGAUCAACAGAGAUGUCAGUUAAGAAGAAAAACUUGGAUGUUUACUUGGAAGAGGUAUUUAAGCAGUUUAUUGCCAUCAAAGAUGAUGACUUCAGCCGGGCUCAGGAGGUCUUUAAAAGUGUUUUUGAACAAAUAAAACAGAAGAUGGGUGAACAAUGCAACUUCUUUAAAAAAUACGGUAACCAGGUCAUGUAUGGUGGUAGCGUCUAUGAUGGAACUAAAGCUACUAAAAUGGAUGAGUUUGACAUGGACAUAGUGAUCCGGCUGCCUAUCAACUAUGAGGAUAUCAUUAUAGAGUGCGACCAGCCGGGCUUUGUUCGGCUAAAGAUAAUAAGCGCCUUCGACAACCUAGACAAACAGAAAGAGUGGGAGCAGUGCCACAAAGUGACCAGAGAUUGGAGGGACACUGACAAGUACCUCUUGCAGAACAAAUUCAGGAGCUGGAUGCACGGAAUAGUGCAAAAGGCUCUUAAUGAAAUGGAUGGUCGAGCGACCGUCAAUGGCACCACAUAUCUAAUGACGUAUAAGGAGUCUGGACCUGCAUAUACUCUAUACAUAAGAAAUGAAGGAAAUGAUGAGGAAUUCAAACUAGAUGUAGACUUGGUGCCCGUCAUCAGGUUCAGGCUUCCAAGAUGGCCUAAGGGCUACAGCUUUGCUGCGUUUGCAGAUGAUCGAUACAGGAGGGGACAUGUGUCUCCUCUGAAAAAUCUACCUUCUCUUCCCAUCCCUUAUAAGAAAAUGAUGGGAAGAGGACUAACAUUAGACCUCCAGAACACACACUCAUCAGACGAAACAUUGAAUUACUUCUGCCUGUCUUCUAUUUGGUUGAGAACAAUAGAGAAGGUGGGGUCCUCGUGCCGGGACUGGCUGGUGGUGCCAAAGCCCAACAAGGAGGUGAGCGGCGCCGCACGCGGCCGCUGCUGGCGCCUCUCCUUCCAGGACCACGAGCGGGACCUCAUCAAGGAGUGCCACCACCUCAAGAAGGUCCUUAGGCUGAUGAAGAAGCUACGCACCGCACUGAAGAUGAAGGCCAUCGCCAGCUACUACAUCAAGACGUUGUUCCUCUGGAAAGUGGAGAAAGAAAAUAAACAAUUCUGGCAGAAAAAUCUAAGCUUCCUCUUCACCACCAUGCUGCAAGACUUUCACGACGCUCUCAAACAGAAGAACAUACCCUACUUCUGGAAUUCGAAGAACAACCUCAUUGAGAGCUUAAAACCAGCAAACCAGAAGCUGUAUACUGAAAAGUUGAAGGUGGUUCUCGACAGCGCUGUAGCUAAUGACGUAGACAAAACAAUAUUCGCCUUGCUCGAAGCUGACGAAAUCGAACAGUUCAAAAGCUCCGAAAUGUACCAGCGUCAUAGUACAUCUCUUCCGCCCGCCGUCCAGAGCAAAACUUCUAGAAGUUCCUCCGUCACUUCUAUCACGAGUAGUCAGGAGCAAGGGAACCUGCAAAACUCUCAAACAGAUGACGGACAAACUGUCCUACUUAAAUCUAUAUUGGCCAAGCUCGAUUUACUAACCCGGAAGUUGGAACUACAAGAGGAAAGGUUGAUUAAAUUGGAGACAGCUUACGAACAGUCUAGAAAAGAUGUUCAGAACGAAAUCAAAGUAUUGGAUGAAACUCCAAUUGUGCAAGCGCCUGUUGACAUAAUGUUAAAUGGUAAUGUAGCUGCUCCGCAAAAUGAAUCUGAAACUCUUAUUUUAUUUUAGUGUAUUUAUUUUAUGGAAAUUGGUGUAUGAAUGUAAUCAUCUAGGUUUUAGAAUUAUGUGUCAGUGCCUUCUUGUAAACGUGUACAGGUGGGCAUAGUUAAUCGAAAAUUUAACUUCGUUAAUCGUUUUUUUAAAUACAUAAAAUACAGUAAAAAAUAAAAUAUAUCUAAAAUUCCGUAUCAAAAUAUAAUUAGUGGACCUCGCAUUAUUUGUGACUAUCAUGAUUGUUACGUUAUGGACAAAAAAAAUUAUUAUUUGUACAGCGUCUAUCACAAUAAAAAUCUCACACUAAUAUUGACAAAGACUUGUGAGAUCAUUUUUAUAAAUUGUAUUAUUAUAGUGCGUGAUGAUUGUAGCAUCCAUACUUUUAACAUUGAAAAUUCAAAUUCUCACAACUU